GUGGGAGCCGCGCCUCAGGCUCCGCCACCAGCCUGGGCUCGGGCUGGGGCCCGGGCCCCCGGGGAUGGCCCUCCGGUCCUCAAAGGGCGACGGCUCCGCGGGCAGCUGGAACCGCGGCACCGGGAAGGCAGACUUUAAUGCCAAAAGGAAAAAGAAGGUGGCGGAAAUACACCAGGCCCUGAACAGUGAUCCCACCGACGUGGCCGCCCUCCGACGAAUGGCUAUCAGUGAAGGAGGCCUCCUGACUGAUGAGAUCAGGUGCCAAGUAUGGCCCAAGCUCCUCAAUGUCAACUCCAAUGAGCCAGCGCCUGAGUCAAGGAAGGAUCUUCGACACAUGAGCAAGGAUUACCAGCAAGUGCUGCUAGAUGUCAGGCGGUCUCUUCGGCGCUUCCCUCCUGGCAUGCCAGAUGAGCAGAGAGAAGGGCUUCAGGAAGAACUGAUCGACAUCCUCCUCCUCAUCUUGGAUCGAAACCCUCAGCUCCACUACUACCAGGGCUACCAUGAUAUAGUGGUCACUUUUCUGCUGGUGGUGGGCGAGAGGCUGGCAACAUCUCUGGUAGAAAAAUUAUCUACUCACCACCUCAGGGAUUUCAUGGAUCCCACAAUGGACAACACCAAGCACAUCCUAAAUUAUCUGAUGCCCAUCAUUGACCACGUGAACCCAGAACUCCAUGACUUCAUGCAGAGUGCUGAGGUGGGGACCAUCUUUGCCCUCAGCUGGCUCAUCACCUGGUUUGGGCACGUCCUGUCGGACUUCAGGCACGUUGUGCGGUUAUACGACUUUUUCCUGGCCUGCCACCCACUCAUGCCCAUUUACUUUGCAGCUGUGAUUGUGCUGUACCGGGAGCAGGAGGAAGUCCUGGACUGUGACUGUGACAUGGCCUCUGUCCACCACCUGUUGUCCCAGAUCCCUCAGGACCUGCCCUAUGAGACACUCAUCAGCAGAGCCGGAGACCUCUUUGUUCAGUUUCCCCCUUCAGAACUUGCAAGGGAGGCGGCUGCGCAGCAGGAGGCUGAAAGAACGGCAGCCUCUACUUUCAAAGACUUUGAGCUGGCCUCAGCGCAGCAGAGGCCAGACAUGGUGCUGCGGCAGCGGUUUCGGGGACUUCUGCGGCCUGAGGCUCGUACGAAAGAUGUCCUGACCAAACCAAGGACCAACCGCUUUGUGAAACUGGCAGUGAUGGGGCUCACAGUGGCACUUGGAGCGGCGGCACUGGCAGUGGUGAAGAGUGCCCUGGAGUGGGCCCCCAAGUUCCAGCUGCAGCUGUUCCCCUAAACUCAGCCCAAGGAGCCACUUCCUCACCCAGUGCACCAAGCUCUCCCCAUUUCCAGAAAGGCGCCGAGGGUGGAAAUGCUGUGAUUAAAGGGUUUCUGUCAGGGGUGUUCUGUUCUGCCACCCUUGGCAGCUUGUCUUGUG